AGUGUUUCAAAUAAAGAUACCCACCUGCAAGAUAAAAAUACAUAUGGGACAGGCAGUAUCUUGAGUUUAACUAUUAUUCAAGAUAACUUUUCAUGCUAUGACUUUGUUAUAAACCAAAAUUACAUUGCGCGAUUAUUAUUAUACAUAUUAUGAAUCAUUCAUUCUUAUCAUAUCAACUAUAUGCGAAUGCGGUUUUCUGGCCUUCCUUCAGAAACAAAAAAAAAUAAAAAAAAUGUGGAAAAUCCAGCUUGUCGCAUACUCUGGGAAGAGUCCUGCGUACGGAUCCAUAUAAAUCGUCGGUCGGUUCCCGGGGCGUCCUGCUCGAAGCGAACCGGACCAGUCUCGCAGGGAAAAUCGCGCGUCGCGGUGCAACCCCCCUGAAAUCCAGGAUUCUCUUCUGGAACGUUGUUGUGCCGACGCCGCCACAGUGUGGCCGGAUGAUGUCCGGUCGUUUAAUCGACGCUGAUUACUCGGGACGACGUCGCGACGCUGCUUUUAUUCCUGUUUACAUGGGCGCUCAGAGUCCAGGAUACUACUCCUUACGGUUGUAGUUAUUUGGGAGGAAGGGCAUCUCAUGAGAAACUAGUCUCAACCAUAACCCGACUGCUACCCCAGUCUUUCAAUAAUAAACCCAUAAGAAUUUAAUAUAUUGUGGCACGCAUUAGUAAAAAUAUAACAUUAUACACAUCACCCUCUAAUUUUUAAGUAAAUAAAAUAUUUAUCAAAUACCCGCUCUGUGAUCAAGAAGCUUUUAAUAAUAAAAAAAAAACUUGGUGCUUAUAAUUUAGUCAGUAAGAAUACGAAUACCUACGUUAAAAAAUGUCGGGAGGAAAUGCAACUUCCGCUGGCGGUUUGACCAAAUCGCAAAAAGCCAAAAGGAAAAUUUCUUUGCCAUGGUUCCGGCAGGGCAGCGUCAGCAAUCAGCACCCUGCGUUGUCGCGUCAGCAUACUAUAGACACCCCGUCCAGUUUCCAGGCGAGAUUGCUGAGAAGACAACCCAGUCAGAAUGUAAUGGCUGGGGUUUUGGAAAUGACCUGGGUAAUAUCAGACUUCACAGCUACCAACCCUCAAGAACUAACAGUCACCAAAGGCCAACAAGUAGAAGUGGUCGAAGUUUGCACCUCCAAACCAGAUUAUUGUCUAGUCCGCAUGCCCACACGAGGUUCCGAAGGCCAGCAGGAACCGGUACCCGAAGGUCUAGUACCUUUGGUGGUACUCAAACAGCCACCAGCCAAAGGAUCGCCUUCGAGACGAACGGCUCAGGAACACGACAACAUACAAGAAUCGACAACGCAAAAUGAUACUUCUGUGGUGAGCACUUCUUCGCCAGUGAACAAGAGGCGAGGUUUUAGCGGGAGGAAAUGGUUGCCGCCGCCUUUACGUAAGCUGUCGCAAGGCAAAGUUGAUAAAACCCAAACUCCGAUCGACACUAGACCGCCAUUGAAGAAAACUGGGUCUGACAAGAGAAUCAAGGUCCCUACUGCUGACAUGGGCAACAACAAAUCGUCAGUAUCAGAAGGCGAAGAGGAAGACGACCGAAUCACUUCUUUGAAAGGAGCGAAAUCUUUAGGCUCAGAAAUCACCAAUGGAGAUGAAGUUGAUGACGAAGUUGAACUUCCGCCGCCCAUGAAACCUAUUCAGGAACCCAUUUUAGGACCCCAAGCCCCACCCGAAAUCGAUGAAAAUCCUUGCAAGAGGGAGCAACAUUCAGAAAAUAAAGAACGCCAUUCGGCACUCAGAAACACACGCAGCUCAGAAGCCUUGUCCGAAUUCAGCUUGGACAGUCACCAUCACAGAGAAUUAACCGCACAAUGUUCUUCAACCGAAGCUGCAUCGUUGGCUUUUAGCGGAGACGAAAGCGACAAACAAAUCGAAUUGGACCCAAAAAAAAUCGAAUCCUUUCUCAAAAAACGCCAAUACGUUUUGCAAGAAUUAGUAGACACUGAAGAAGCGUACGUACGCGAUUUGUCUCUUAUAGUAGACGGAUAUAUCGCAACAAUGAGAGAUCCCGACUGCGAAAUUCCCAUGCCUGAAGAUUUACGCGAAGGCAAAGACAAAAUGGUCUUUGGUAAUAUCGAAGCCAUUUACGAUUGGCACAAGAACCACUUUCUCAAAUCGCUCAAAGCCGCUAUCGAAAAUCCAGAAGAGCUGGCGCAAUUGUUCAAACGCUACGAAAGAAAGUUGCAAAUGUACGUGAUCUAUUGCAAAAAUAAGCCAAUAUCAGAGUAUAUUGUGGCUGAACAUUUGGAUAAUUAUUUUGAGGAGUUGAGAGUGAAGCUGGGUCAUAAAUUGCAACUUUGUGAUCUUCUUAUAAAACCUGUGCAAAGGAUUAUGAAAUAUCAGCUGAUGUUGAAGGAUAUACUUAAAUAUACUGAGAGAUCAGGAUUGAAGCAUGAGUUUGAAACUUUGAAGGCGGCAUAUAAAAUUAUGGUUGUUGUACCGAAAAAUGCCAAUGAUAUGAUGGAUGUUGGCCGGUUACAAGGCUUUGAGUCUGGCAAAAUAACAGCUCAAGGCAAGUUGCUAUUGCACGGGCCGUUAAGUGUUUCGGAUCUUCCAGGGCAAAAUCCUACUAUUAUUGGGAAAACCAAGGAGUUGCAAGUUUUCCUUUUCGAGCAGAGCGUUAUAUUUUCGGAAAUUGUUGGGAAAAAGACGCAAUUUACUAGUCCGCAGUACAUUUACAAGGCCCACGUUCAGGUGAACAGAAUGACACUGGACGACUCAAGAGAAGACGGCUGCUUCAUCCUAACAUCAACAGACCCUAAGAAUCAAACACCCCUUGCCGAACCCGUACAAAGCAAAAACAUCAGUUGCACAAUCGGUUUCGUUUGCACGGCCCCAUCGGAAGAUUUGCGCAACCAAUGGGUGAAAACGUUGAAGGAGAUCCUGCAAACGCAACGGGACUUUUUGAAGGCAAUUCAAAGUCCGAUUGCUUACCAGAAAGAAAAGACUAAGGAAUCCUCAGAGUUUCCUUGGGAAUUCACAAGAACCACGCCCAUAGAUAGUGAGAGUAGCAGCUCAAAACCACCCAGAAAACCUGCUCACUAUAUUCAUAAGGCCAACACUAUCGGGAUACCAUCUGAGAGUGAUCUUAGUUCAAGUGAAACCUCUGACGGUAAAAACCACAACCAAAAAUCCAAUAAAAAGACAUUUUUCGAUGGAUUUAGAAGUACUUUGAGAAACAAACACAAAAGUGACUCUGUGGUAUUGGAAGCUGGCAAAGAGAGUGAAAAAAAUGACUUGCAUAGAAGGUGGAGCGAGACGCAACAUUCGCCCGAAAAUCACAUUCUAGCUCCAGGCACACAAGCCAGAAUAAUUUCAGAAUAUGCCGGUCUCAAUAUCGGAGAUGUAGUAACUAUUAUAACUUUUGACGCAACCCAAGGCUAUUGCGUCCUAGCUAACGUUUUACGUCAACAAAAGUGGCUACCUGCUUCUUGCAUAUCACAUCACGGAAGGAAACAUUGGAAUUUUGGCUUCAAAAAACCACCUGCUAUUAAACCUCCAACUAAUGGUACUCAUGUAGACACAAUCCUGGAAGGCCCUCUUCCGGAGUUCAAAGACAGACUCAAAGAUAUAACAAUCCAAAGUGGUUCUAAAGUAAUAUUAAAAUGUCGAGUCAAACAGUGCGGGCCUAAUUGUAGACAAAGCUGGAAAAAGCUGGAACCCAACUUAUGUAUUCUAAGAAACGGUCGGUUUAUGUUGGACAGUAACAAUGACGGAGUGGCAAUAUUGAGCCUGGAAAAUGCUAAGCCUAGUGAUUCCGGAACCUAUUCUUUUACAGUAACCAACGAGUAUGGUUCAGCAAGUUGCACCUGCAUAUUAACGGUUCUAACUAACAGUUCUCCUUUGGCGGAGCCAAAAAUCCAGGUUCUCACUUCUAACACUGUCGUGCUAGAAUGGGAAAACCCACAAAAUGAACAAUUUUUGAUUGAAUAUUGUAAGUUAGGCUCUGGAGAAUGGACAUCGUCUAAUGCACCUAUCAGUGGCAACAGCUUUACAAUAGAUAAUUUAGUAGCAGGAGAAACUUAUAGUUUCCGUUUGGUGUCUUGCCAAACGAUGGCAGUGAGCCUUCCAACUUUGGCCGUAACAUUGCCUGUGGCUGAUACUUUAUUAUGGCAACAGGAACAAUUUAAACGGAGAUAUAUUGAGUUGGAGGAGAUUAGUAGAGGCAGGUUUUCGGUGGUACGAUUAGCAAAGGAUAGAGGUACUAACGUCCAGGUGGCACUCAAACAAAUCACGAGACGAAAACAAGCACAUAACAUCACCCAAGCCGAAUAUGCCCUUUUAGCCAGCAUGGAACAUCCCAAUAUAAUCAGAUCCUUGGCUUUAUUCGACAAUGCUCCAGUACCUGGAACUGACACUAUAGUUCUAGAAUUGGUAAAAGGGCCAUUAUUGUUUACAUAUCUAGCCGAUAGGGGCGAUUAUUUAGAAGACGACGUCAAAUUGUAUACCAGACAACUUAUUUCAGCCUUAGCCUGGCUUCACAGGAAAGACUUGGUACAUUUGGACAUUAAGCCUGAAAACGUAAUGGCAGACACAUCAUUUUCACCUCCCCUUUUAAAACUAGUAGACUUUGGUGACUCAGUAAACACAUCAAAAAAUGUUAUCCUACCUCCUGCUUGCUUGGAAUUUGCCUCGCCUGAAUUAGUUUUGGGCCAGCCUGUUGGUAAACAUACAGAUGUUUGGGCGGCAGGAGUUUUCCUUUAUGUUCUUCUGAGUGGAGUUUCACCAUUUUUGGACGAUUCCAUGGAAGAAACCACUGCUAAUAUUUUGAAAUGCGACUAUUGCUAUCCCGAUGAGUAUUUUUGUAGCGUGUCUGAUAAUGCCAAGGAGUUUAUUGGGAAGUUAUUGGUUUUAGUCCCGGGACAAAGAAUGGAUAUGGAAAAGGCUUUGAAUUUUCCUUGGAUCAAAGAAGAGAAUUUAUUAGCAGUUAUACCUUGUACCAGGCUAAGGACUUUUAUGCAACGAAGGCAUCCUUUGAAUAUACCUACGACACCGCCGAGCCCUAGUUAUUCUGGGGAACAUAUUUUUUAGUAGCCAUGACAUAUUCUGUGAUGAUUUUUUUUUUAAAUGUAAACCCAUGAAUGGAUUUUUUUAAAUUGUGAUAUUAUUUUGUUUAUUUUAAGUAUUAUGCAAAUAGGCUGAAGAUGUUGAGGAAGGUAAACUUUUCCUGUGAAUUUGGAAACAUUUUAAUUGAAUAUCUUCAACAUCUCUGAUACUUUAUAUAAUACUAAUAUUGCUGAUUUUUUGUAUCCUAUUAUUGCUUUAUAGAAUGUAUUUUUUUUUUUAGAAACUACGAGAUGUGUUAAUUAUAUUUUGUGACUUUUUUGCUACUUAAGUUUUAAAUAAAAUUUUAUAAAUGA